AUGAGAGCUCGUGGAUUCGUGAAUUCAGUCACUGGACUUGUGUUUCUUACUGCUGUCUCAGGUGCAUUUGUGGCAGGAUUAGAUGCAGGAUUAUUUUAUCAUACGUUUCCAUUAAUGGGAGAUCAUUUAAUUCCACCUAAAUCUGAAUUAAUAUCUGCAACCAUAACAAAUCAAAACAAAGGAAGACCCGGAUGGAUCUGA